AUGGACCAGAACACGCGCGUGAAGGCUGCGGUCAAGGUGAAGACUGUAACCCUGCGUACCGUUAAGAGCACCACCCGGGAGGUGAACGCCGACGAAGAGAAGAUGUCCGGCGACUUCAUGGCCAACUACGUGGCCAUAGCGCGCUACAACAAGAAGCGCGCCAACCGCUACCCGGAGCCCAGCACCAAGCACCAGGAGAACCUUGACCUGAUCAUCGGGAACGUGAAGGUCGACUACGAACAGAACGUCAUCAGUGUGCCCGCCAGAGACCUGCUGGAGCCGGUUUUCUUCGAGCAGGUGAAGGAGAAGUUCGUCAACCUGUCGUACUUAGGUAGCACGCUGGCCGCCGAAAUGGUUUCCGUCGCAUUCGCGCCCUCCGGUUCCAAGUACGCGGCUGGCGGCCUGCAGAUAGACUGGUGGCCCGAACGGGUCAACACUAGCUAUGACAAACGCCUGCGCUGCUACCUGUCCGAGUACCGCCAGCUCUCCAAGGAUUUCCUGACCUCGGGCAAUUUCUCGACUGACGCGACGCCACCCUUGGAAGUGCUGGAGUACUUGAUGACGUAUAGCCGCGGCCUGGAGAUCUCUUACAACAUGGCCGACAUUACGGACACCGGCAACAAGCAGCUGUUUUUCGCGCGCUUCUGCCAGGCGCUUUGCGACAGCGACGCCAACAAGAACACGCACGCGCGAGAGAGCCUGAACGUGAGACUUGCCUGCAUGUAUCCCCUGUUGCACAGCGACGGCUUCCGAGAUGCGUUCGCCUGCCAACACGUACACACGCUCUACCCGAAGGAGAACUGUCCGCGCUUGUAG